CCGUUCCGGGAUGCACAUGUAAGCAGAGGGAGCCAGGGAGGUCACUCGACAGUCGAAACUCGCUCGAUUCGAUUCGAGCCAGGGCCCAAUAAAGAGAGAGAUAGAGAGGGGGGAGAAGAGAAGAGAUUUCCCUCUUUUUAUUAUCAAUUUUCGCGUUUUCCCCCAGCUCAAUUGUGCUUCAAACACUCCCAAAACCAGAGGGAAACGAAACCCUACCUCUGCUGCAACUCUUCCCCCUGAGACGGUUCGUCUGUUCAACAAUCGGGAUUGCAACAUUACUUUCUUUUGAUUUACUAAAGAAAGAAAUUCUUUAGCUUUAUUUGGAUACGUGAGUUCUCAAUGGGAGGUGCAGAAAAUACCCUUCCUCCUUCAAAAAAGAGGGUUGCAGGAAGAGAACUCUCUCGGGAUAACCCUGGUCUUGAUGAUGAGGAAGAUGCUCCUGAACAAGAGAUGGGGACUUUCAAGAGAGCCAGUGAUGAAGUGUUGGCAACCAGAAGAAUUGUUAAGGUUCGUCGUCAUCAACCUACUUCUGCUGCUUCUUCCAAUCCAUUUGCUUCAAUUUGCCUGGUACCUCCUACUCAACCCAGCUCAGAACCAGCUAGUGUUAUUCCUAAAGUGCAACCAACUGAACCAAGUGGUGAGAAGGAUGCUUCUGAGGGGGUAGAUGAAAAAGGUACUGUGGAUAAGGAAACUGUAGAGGCUUCUGUGGUGGCUGAACCUGAAGGGGAGGUUAAGAACAAUCAACACUCAGAAAAUAAGAGUGAUGAACCAGAGGUAGAACCUGAAGGGGAGGGCAAGAACAAUCAGCACUCAGAAAAUAAGAGUGAUGAACCAGAGGUAGAACCUACUGCUGAUAAGGAGAAAGAAACUCCUGCUGCUGAGGCUACUAAACCAGAGACAAAUGAUAAAAAUACUAAACCAGAGACAAAUGAUGAAAAUGAAGCAGCUGCAGGGGAAGAAACUGAGAAUGAACCUAAGAAAGAAAACAGCUCUGGAAAUACAUCUCCAGCUGUAACAGCAGAAACUGAAAAGGAAGCUGAGAAAGACCAUGGACAUGAAAACACACCUCCAGCUGCUGCAACAGCUCCUUUGAGUUCAUUCCAACAGUUGUCAAGCAGCCAAAAUGCAUUCACAGGGCUUGCUGGAACUGGAUUUUCUAGUUCCUCUUUCACGUUUGGGUCAAUUCCAAAAGAUGCACCUGCAUUUAGUUCUAGUUCUGGGUCUCUUUUUGGAAUGAAGAAUGACAAAUCACCUUCUUUUACUUCCUUCAGUUUUGGUAACUCUAACAAUGGGAACUCUUCCCUCUUUGGUGCUGCCGGAGCAUCCAAUGCCACCAAGGGUGAGGGUAGUAAUGUUGCAUCCAUGCAGGAGGUUCCAGUUGAGACAGGGGAAGAGAAUGAGAAGGCAGUUUUCACUGCCGAUGCUAUCUUGUUUGAGUACCUUGAUGGAGGGUGGAAAGAACGUGGAAAAGGAGAACUCAAGGUGAAUGUCUCCACAACUGGCACUGAAAAAGCCAGACUUAUAAUGAGAGCUAGGGGAAACUACAGGUUGAUCUUGAAUGCGAAUCUUUAUCCAGACAUGAAGCUCACAAAUAUGGACAAGAGAGGUGUUACUUUCGCUUGCGUGAAUAGUACUGGUGAAGGUAAGGAUGGUCUAUCUACAUUUGCUCUUAAGUUGAAGGAUGGUUCCAUAGUGGAAGAGUUCCGCGCAUCAGUUACGGCACACAAAGGCAAAAUGACUGCAGUUCUGAAGACACCAGAAAAUUCACCCAAGGCUUCGGAUGAUUGAAUUGUCCAGUGUUAAAAUCUAAAGGGAAUUCUUUUUUCCCUUUAACCUCACCGUGGGUAAUAGCUUCUGAAAAUUCUCCUUUUAUUCUUGUUUAUGUUUUGGUACUUUGUAAGGUGUUAUGUAGCUGAGAAUUUAUAGGGUCCCAUCCAACUGGUUGUUGUUUAUUUACAAUCUUGUCUUUGGCGGACAUUAUUUUUCCCUUUUUGCGAUAAAGCCUGGGUUGGACCUGCAUAAUUGCAGCUGAGGAGAUAUGGACUAAUUGUAAUGCUUGAGAUACUUUAACAGAACGGAUGUCUUUAUUUGGAAACGGCGAAAUACACUGAUGCAUGUUUUAAAUGCUGAAUUCUCUUUGGUUGGUUUUUA